GGUAUAGCUUCUAUUUUGUUUCAUUUUCUUUUACUUUAUAAACAGCCAUACCUUCCUUAAAAUUGGAUUGGAUUUUUUUGAAAAAAUCAAAAUCAAAAUCAAAUAAACAGCAGUACCUUCCUUGAAUAGGAUCUCAAAAACUCAAAAUUUAUUCAAAAUGUCGGAUUUACCAAGAAGAAGACAACGUCCUGAUAGUACCAAAAUGUGGGAGGAAAGCGAAAGCCGUGGUUCUGCUCGAGACCGAGAUGAGAUCCAUGAUCGAGGAGAUCGACGCGAUGACCGAAAUCGCAAUCAUGAUCGCAGUCGCAAAGAGAGAAGCAGGUCGCCGCGCGAUUCGAGAGAUCAUAGACGCAGUUCGUACCGAGAUCGAGAGAGAGAACGAGACCGCGGGGGUAGGAGAGAUGAAUAUCGGGAUGGGCGCGGUAGUGACAGGAAUAGAGAUUAUCGGGAGAGAAAUGAUGAGAGGUCGGAUAAGAGAGAUGGUCAUCGGAGAGAUGUGCCGGAUAGAACUAGAGAUGAUACGCGACAAUCUCGAGGAAUGGAUGAGGAUAGAAUUGCGAGAAAAGACAAUGAGCGAUCAUCGGGAGAGAAAUCAAAUGAACGAGCACGAUCUAGGAGUCCGCGGCGCGACAAUGAGCGAGAUUAUAAAGAAGAUAGAGGUGGUGAUAGGAUACGAAAUAGCGAAUACAUAGACGACGCUCCACAACCAGUAAGCUUCAGUAUUGGGGCUGGUCACACAAAUACAGCUACAGCUCAAGAUCACGACCGGAUGGAUGUUGACGGCGGGAACAAGAAGGCGUCACGGCAUAAGAAGAAGAUUGAGGAGGAGGAGGAGGAAGAAGAGGACGACGAUAUUGUGGUGGAGGAUGAUGGAAUGGCAGCCAUGCAGGCCAUGAUGGGAUUUGGGGGAUUCGCAACGACACAAAAUAAACAGGUAGCAGGAAAUAAUGUUAGUGCGGUGAGGAAGGAAAAGAAGACACAGUAUCGUCAAUACAUGAAUCGGGUUGGAGGAUUUAAUAGACCUCUGAGUCCGAGUAGGGAUUAAUUGAGGAGCACAGGAGUGGAGUGUAAGAAUAAGUCAAGUCAUGGCAGACAGGCCAGAUGAGGGGUUCCAUAUGGAGGGAGGGGAAGAUUGUAUGAAUUUGCAGCAUUGCGGAUUGAAGAUUGGCCAAUUGGUUUAAUAGAUGACCACAUGAUAUCCGGAGAGUUACCAACCUUGUUUAUUAGCAUUUUUUUGGAGCAUUUCCCCAUACUGGUAUAGGACAUGGCAUGGUAUAGCGAGGGACGAGUAGUCAAGAGGAUAAAUACUCAGGAACACUUUCCCGCUUACCGGAAACAUAAUUCAUUUA